UCCAGGUUUCGCUCAGUAUGGUGCCGAAUUUUCGCGCUCGCGGGAAGUUUCACUGACUUGGCAUGCUUUCAUCAGUUUCACACAGUCGACGUUUGCAUGCAGGUCGCCGACAAUGUCACUUUUCUUGAACAAGAAGUCUGUUGCCGAUUCAUCACCCGCAGAUGUUCAUCUUUUAGGCUGUAAUGUAGAACACACAGGAGACGCAAAAGUGUCUGAGUUCUUCAAAACUGCCAUUCGCAAAAAGAAAAAUGAGAAUGAUUUGUCGGCGACAUUUCGUGGGAGGACACUAUGCGGACAGGUGUUGAACGUACCAACAGGAUACACAGGUCUUGUCCUGAAAGAGAAUCAAAGACCAUUCAUGGAGGAAGAGGACAGAACACUCCAAGCAACUCACCAGUUUGACAAGUUCACCUACUGGAACUUGGAGAUGACUCCAUCCGUCAAUGAUGCGGUUGUCAAGGCGAUGAUGUGGCCGGAGAUUGCCGAGGCUAUCCAUGCCGCCGGAGACACCAAUGACAGCCAGGAGAGUGUCAAAAGUCAAAGGUGAUGAUGUAGGUCAGAUAGGCCAUUUUGAGGACUGAUGCUUGCUUCCAAUGACUGAUCUUGAGCAUGCAUGGGAUGCUAACAUGCAUUGUUCAAGGGACUCCACUACAGCAGGCGCGGUUCGAGAGCCAUUUUUUUUGGGGGGGGGGCCUAGGAGGGUGGAUCCCCAAAAAAUUCUGGGAGGCAUGUUGAAAUGUAGCCUGGUUAUUUUCUCCGGACGUUUGCUAGUGCAUUUUUUUUUAAAGGAAUUUUUUGGGGGGUGAUGGCUCGACAAAAUUUUGCCCUAGCCCCCUCCCCCCCCCCCCCCCCAGAACUGCUACUCUGCACUACAGGGUAUAGCUAGAGCGAUAGGUUCGUAGUUCUAAUGCGGACAUGACUGAAGGCAUGGGAAAAACAUUUGAAAGGACUUGAAUCAAGUCUACAAGUUUUGUGAAUUGAGGAGUUCCUCAAACCACUCACAGCAUGUGGAUUUAAUGUACAUUAUGGGUUGGACUUGCAUUGAAUACGGUGAAUUACAUACAUGUACAUAGGUAAAUUUUCAUAGCUACCGAGAUUGAAUAUUGAUUAUUUAGAAUGAAGUAUUAAAACUAGCCUCCCGAGGUUAUCCAUGGAAUAUUCUUGAAUCGGUGUUCAGAAUAUUCCUGGGUGCAAAGCCGAGGGUAAAAAGAACGCUCUAUGAAUCAUUGAGGGAGGUUAGUUUUUACUGUAAUACAAGUUAAAGAAGUAAAUUAUUGUUUUAUAAUUCCUCAACCACAGAUUCUGCUAGAUUUUGAGAGAUUACUGAUUAAUUUUAACCCAAAGCUAAUAAAAAUUAUCCAAUUUCAAUAUGAAAUUAGUGGAAAUUUACUUUAAUUUGUUUCCAAAUUACCCUUCAUGAAAUGUUUGCGCCCAGCUCUGUAUCACCUUGUUGCUAUAUGUAUAGUACUUCUCAGUGCGAGGCUACCAUUGUGCAGUAAUUUAGGCUUGGCACAGUCAAAUGGUUAAAAUGGUGAAUACCAUGUGACGUACACGGAAACAGAAUCUGCAGGUGAGGUAUUAUAAGAUGAAUAUAUGCACUGAUAUUUCAAUUACUUAUUGCUCUUUUAUUAGUGAAAUUGGUCCAAUGAUUUAUGUCCAAUUUGAUCUGAAUAAAAAGUACCAAUGUGGACAGGAAAA